AUGGCAGGAAGAGGUGGAAGAAAUGAUGAUGUGAUCGCUGAGGCUCUGGGUAUGAUUGCUGGCAUGCUAGGAGAGAAUGCGAAUGGAGCUGGGAUUGGUGCGAAUAGGAAAUUGGCAGAAUUUCAAUGGAACAACCCUCCAUUGUUCAACGACACUCACGAUCCUGAUGGUGCUCAGAAGUGGCUAAAGGAAAUCGAAAGGAUCUUUUGGGUGAUUGAUUGCGCUGAAAAUCUGAAGGGUAGUAUGACGGUGCCGGAGUAUGCUUCCAAAUUUUUUGAGUUGGCUAAGUACUACGUGCACUACAAUAAUGACAAAGCUGGUGAAUUCUCAAAGUGUAUCAAAUUUGAGAAUGGCGUUCGUGACGAGAUCAAGCAAGGCAUCAGAAUCUUUGAGGAGGAUAACCUUAGGCUGAAGUCAUCUCACUCUCGCGAGUUGAUUGAAAAGAAGGGUAAGAAACCUAUGGAUCGAGGUAAGCCAUACGAUAAAGGAAAUCCAAAAGCUGGUGAUGGGAAAAGACCUAGUGGGGGAGAUUCUGGGGAUUUUGUUAGAUGCUAUAAUUGUGGCGAAGUCGGACAUCGUAGGAAUGAGUGUAAGGCUGAAUAG